CGCAUUAUCAAAUAAAUCCUUAAAUGAGGAAAUGUACAACUCUUUUUAGUUACUAAUCUCGAUUCCGAGAAAAAUCACUCUCCAAAUUUUCUUUCCAUCCAAUCACUUUUAUCUCUCUAAAAAUAUUCUUCCAUCUUCUGGCAGUUUCUCAGGAAACAAACGGAAAAUAGAAUAACUCAAUCGCUACUCCGAAACCGGCAAAAAUGAAGAAAAGGUAUGCUUAAUUAUUCUGAAAUCACAUAGAUAUAUAAAUUCUAGGGUUUCAAAUUAGCUGUAUAGUUUUUGAAAUGACCUCUAUUUCUAAAAGUGAAGGUGAAUUAAGAGACGCAAAAUCUGACGAAACAAUAGAAGAGAAUCAAACUAAACCUAGGGUUUCAGGCGAUGGCAUGGAGAGUGAAGCUAUUUCUAGGGUUUUAGGGAAUAAUGGAUCUACUAGAAAUGUCAUUGAAGUAAUGGAUAGUGAUAAUGAGGAAGAAGAAGAAGAUGAAGAGGAAGAAUCAGCUAGGGUUUUUGAAGUGAAAAAUGAGAAGAAAACACCGCUAAGCUUUGUUCAGUUUGAUUCGAAAAAUAAUCGAUUUGACGAUGACAAUGAUGAAGUUGAUGAUUCCAAAAAUGAUGUUAAGAUGAGGCAUUCUAGGGGCGGGAAAUCAAAGGGAGAAGUUUAUAAUAGUUUAUUAUCGGAGUUCGAUGAUUUUGUUGCUAAUGAGAAGCAUGAAGCAACGGAGGGAACGUCUAGGGCGUUGAGUUAUGGAUUUGAAGUCGGUGAUAUGGUGUGGGGGAAAGUGAAAUCACACCCGUGGUGGCCUGGCCAUAUUUUUAAUGAAGCUUUUGCAACGUCGUCUGUGCGGAGAACUAGGAGGGAGGGUUAUGUUUUAGUUGCAUUCUUUGGAGAUAGUAGUUAUGGGUGGUUUGACCCCGCUGAGCUUGUUCCGUUUGAUCCUCAUUUUGCUGAAAAAUCGCAGCAACUAGUUUCAAGGACUUUUGUUAAAGCAGUUGAGGAGGCAGUUGACGAGGCCAGUAGAAGGUGUGGACUUGGUUUGGCAUGUAGGUGUAGAAAUAAGUAUAAUUUUAGGCCAACUGAUGCGCAGGGGUAUUUUGAGGUUGAUGUGCCAGAUUAUGAAGCAAGAGGAUUUUAUUCAGAAAAUCAGAUUAAGAAGGCUCAACAAAGCUUUCAGCCGUACGAGACACUUUCUUUCAUUAAGCAGUUGGCCUCUGCGCCAAUAGAGCGUGACAUGAAAACUAUUGAUUUUUCCAAGAAUAAGGCAACUGUUUUUGCUUUUCGCAAGGCAGUGUUUGAGGAGUUUGAUGAGACUUAUGCACAGGCAUUUGGAGCACCCUCCAAGCGGUCUGCUAAUGAUCCAGCUAAUGUGCAUAGUCCUCCUGUUAAAGUUCCAACCCGAGCUCCUUUGAGCGGUCCACUGGUGAUAGCAGAAGCUCUGGGUGGUGGAAAGAGCUCUAAAAAGGCAGUGAAAGUGAAGGACCUGUCAAAGAAAGAUAGAUACCUCAUCAAACGAAGAGAUGAACCGGUUGAUUCAAGGACCAUCCAAAUUGGUCAAACGCAAGCAAGUUUCCCAGCCCCUGCAGCAUCUGAGGAAGGUUCUUCAGUAGUAACCGGCGACUUUGUUUUGCAAAAAAGGGCGCCCCCACCUAAUCUAGCGAGCAAUGAACACUCCAAGACUAACAGUGAUGAAGCUGGGGAACAGAGUCCAGAAUUUGCUGCCAAAGCAUUAAUCUCGGAUCAAGGUACAGCUUUAGAUGUAAAUUCAGCUCAUAAUAUGGAGAAGGGUGCUCUGCAAGAAACAAAGGACAACUUGGUACCAGAUAUAAUUUUGGAACCAAGUAAAGGUCAAACAGACAUUUCUCUCAAGGGGGUUUCAUCACCUUCUGUUCAGCAAGAAUGUGAGGCCAUGGUUGACGUCAGAUACGAGGAAAGUGCAAGUAUGUCGAGAUUUAAUGAAGUUUCUCUUCAACGUGAGAGCUUUUGUCCAAGAGCAGAGGGAGAUGGUGGUUUUGAUAAACCUCAGGAAACUCAUCUUAAUUCACAUCUUUCACCACUUGAUACAAAGCAUUCCACUGGCUCUAGUACUGAUGUCAAAGUGAAGAAGGCCAAGGCUCCGAAGCGGCCAUUGGGGGAUCCGGGCUCGGAGGGCUCCAGCAUAAAAGCAAAAAAGAAGAAAAAGAAGAAAGAUUCAAGUUCGGAAGCAAGUCCUGAUCGUCCAAAGAAGCGUUUGGCCAAAGGAACAGGUGGGGCCUUGGUGGAAAAUGUAAUGGGAAAAGAUGAUCACCGGGCUCACCAGAAGAAAGAUGUUGCCGCCAGUAAUGCCUCAUUCGGUGAUGCUGGAACAUUGCCAAUGUUCGGCGUGGGGAAUUUCGAGUUUGAUUUUCCGCUUAUAUUAAGUGAUUUGCAUGCUCUCGCUGUUGAUCAUUUUCAUGGUUCAGGAAGGAGCAGUCCUUCAACUACAAUGAACUUCCUAUUACAAUACCGGGCUUCUGUUUAUCAUUUCAGCGAGUCUUCGUCGCCACCUCCUGAAACUGAAUCAACGGAAGAUCGUGCUACUAAAUCUCCAUCUUCUGUUGGGGUUUCAAACCUUUCCGCUGGCGAGAACAUCAGAGAUUUGCCACCUUCAAAACCUAUAAAACCUACUGUUUCUGAUGAUUCAACUAAAAGUGGACGUAAACGUUUGCCAUCUGAUCGGCAAGAAGAAAUCGCAGCAAAGAGGGUGAAAAAAAUUAAUCAGAUGAAAUCAUUAGCUGCAGAAAAGAAGAUAGGACAGAAAAGUCUGGAAACUCGUCCCACGGAAGGUAAAGAACCAGUGGCUCCACAAAAACCAGUCAAAGCAGGUUCUAUCAGAAGAUUGGAGUCUCAACCGAAAGCAGUUCAACCCACUAUGCUGGUGAUGAAGUUUCCUCCAGAGACAUCUCUUCCGUCUGCAAAUAACCUGAAGGCUAAGUUUGCUCGGUUCGGCUCAAUUGAUCAGUCAGCUAUCCGUGUCUUUUGGCAGACAUCAACAUGCCGUGUUGUGUUCCGGUAUAAGCUCGAUGCACAGGCAGCUUAUAAAUAUGCUGUUAGUAAUAACGCCUUGUUUGGUGUUGAUCAUGUGAGAUACAGUCUUCGGGAAGUAGGAGGUCCCGCUUCUGACUUGCAAGAUUCUGAUAGGGGUGGCCGGGUAGACGAGACAUCGCUGGAGGUCUCACGGCAGAAGGACUUUGCAAUUGAAAGACCGCCACUUGCACAGCAGCCUAAUCAGCAGACAAAUCUCCAGCUAAAGUCAAUCCUGAAGAAACCGACAGGCGACGAGGCCGGGUUACCAACUGGUGGCGGUAAUGGUGGUAGAGGGGCAGCACGUGUAAAAUUCUUAUUGGGUGGGGAAGAAAGUAGUAGUAGAAACUUCAACAACAGUGCUAGUUAUGCUGAAGGUGGUGGUGCACCUACUUCUGUUGCGAUGGAUUUAAAUAGUAACAAGUUUCAAAAGGUUAUUCCUACAACUUCAUUACCUAUUUUACCCCUUCCUCCUCAAUUUGCAAAACACCCACUUAAUAAUGUGCAUCAUACUGAAGUAGUAGCACCCAGAAAUAUGCACAAUCUGAAUCAUCCUCCUCCACCCGUUGCUCCUCCGCCGCCUAGUGCGGCGAGCAUCGAUAUUUCACAGCAGAUGCUAAGCCUUUUGACAAGGUGCAACGAUGUUGUUGCCUCCGUGUCGGGCUUCUUGGGCUACGCGCCUUACCAUCCUCUUUGAUGACAUGAAUGGCAUAAUUUUACUUAACACUAAAGAAGUUGCUGUCUGAAACAAAACCGGCCAAUUUAUGUCCAAAUCUGCACAAUUGCUUUUGGGAUUCAGUAUAUGCUGUGAUUUUGGAACAUAAAGAGAGAUGCAUAAAAUUUUGCCAUGGGAGCAAGCAAUUGGGAGAUUAUGACGUGGCGUAUGGAAUAUGGAGGUGGGCGUCACGCGCUGUUAAUUGGGAUGUUAGCUAUCAAAAAUUCAUCACCAACUUAUGUUGUGCAUCCUCCUAAAUGUACCCCAUACGGAUUGGGCCAUCAAUUUUCUUUGUUUGGUUUCUUGCGUUUAUAUAAUACUUUCAAGCUUUGCUCAUACAUUUUAUGUCUUAACUUGUUAGUGUUCAAAAUUUGAUAAUCUCAUUACUUCUUUCUCUUCACAA